AUGAGUCGCAGAAUCUUAGCUUGGCUAUUCAUGGUCGUCGUCUUCGUGGGUUCUUUCGCCGCCCCUGUCCGCUCCUCUCAAGAUGAGGAUGGGAGGAGUGUUUGGGCCGCCGCCGGCGGCGUUGUGACGGCGGGCAACGACGACGACAGGGCCUACGGCUACCGCGGCACGAAGAUCUGGAACAGGCGGUCCUUGGGGGCGAAGCCGAAGCUGCCGCCAGCUUCGGUGUCGAACAGGAUGAAGGCCACGGCGAUGCCUAGGCCACCCCCGUCGACGACGACGAGAGUGUGA